AAACUAUUUUAACUAUAAUUUCAGAAGGUUGAGGAAUUUAAAACUGCAAGCAUGCAGUUGAAACAUUUGAAAAAUUUGCUACCACCACAGGAUGGGGCAGCAAAGAUAUGUUGCAUUGCUUGGGCUCCAAACAACCAAAAGAUGGCAGUUUGCACAUCAGACCGUGUUAUCUUAUUAUUUGAUGAACAAGGAGAAAAAAGAGAUAAAUUUUCCACAAAACCAGCAGAUGCCAAGUAUGGAAAAAGAAGCUACACUGUGAAAGGACUAGCCUUCUCUGGAGACUCUUCCAAAAUUGCUGUGGGACAGACUGACAAUAUUAUUUAUGUCUACAAAAUUGGAGAAGAUUGGGGAGAGAAGAAGGUAAUCUGUAACAAGUUUGUACAACAGAGUGCUGUAACUUGCCUUAUCUGGCCCCCUGAUCAACCCAUUGUGUUUGGACUGGCAGACGGCAAGGUUAGAGCUGCCAACACAAAGACGAACAAAUCUUCUACCAUUUAUGGUACAGAAUCUUAUGUGGUUUCACUAGCUUCAAAUCCCUCUGGUAAGGGUUUUUUGUCUGGCCAUGCUGAUGGUGCCAUUGUGAGGUAUUUCUUUGAUGAUGAAGGUUCUGGAGAUUCUCAGGGUAAGAUAAGCACACACCCAUGUCCUCCAUAUGCAUUGGCCUUUUCCCAGAAUUCAAUAGUGGCUGCUGGAUGCGACAAGAGAAUCAUUGCUUAUGGACGUGAAGGUCGUAGUUUCCAGCACUUUGAUUACAGUCGAGAGGAAGAUGAACAUGAAUUUACAUGUGCUGUGUCCAGUCCAAGUGGACAGUCAAUAGUUAUUGGAAGUUUUGACAAGUUAAGGGUCCUGAAUUGGAGCCCAAGGAGACAGAUGUGGGAUGAACCAAAGCUAAAGGAGAUCCGUAAUCUGUAUACCAUCACUGCCUUAGCAUGGAAGAAAGAUGGCUCCAGGGUUACUUGUGGCACCUUGUGUGGAGGAGUUGAAAUUUUUGAUUGUUGUCUGAAGAGAACCAUCUACAAGAACAAGUUUGAAAUGACCCAUGUUGGACUCAGUCAGGUGAUUGUGAAAAAUUUGUCCAGCGGUCAGAGAGUGGUGCUGAAAUCUCACUAUGGAUACGAGAUUGAUGAAGUCCGUAUCAUGGGGAAGGAUCGAUACUUGGUGGCUCACACCUCAGACACUAUCUUACUGGGAGACCUUGAGCAAAACAAGCUGAGUGAGAUUCCAUGGCAAGGCUCAGGAGGAAAUGAGAAGUAUUACUUUGACAAUGAAAGUGUUUGCAUGAUCUUUAAUGCGGGAGAGCUGGCCCUAAUUGAGUACGGAGCCAAUGAGGUGUUGGGGUGUGUGAGGACAGAGUUCAUGAACCCCCACCUGAUCAGUGUGAGGCUGAAUGAGAGGAAACAGAGGGGUGUGGAGGAUAACAAGAAGAUUGCCUACUUACUGGAUCUGAAGACCAUCGCUAUCAUGGACUUGGUAACAGGGAUGACCCUUGGCCAGGUGAACCAUGAGUCCAAGAUUGACUGGUUAGAGUUGAAUGAAACUGGUAGAAAGAUCUUAUUUAGAGACAAGAGAAUGAGGUUGAACCUGUAUGACAUUGAGACACAACAAAGGACAACUAUAUUGAAUUACUGUUCAUAUGUACAGUGGGUACCAGGAAGUGAUGUGGUUGUGGCCCAAAACAGAGGAAACCUGUGCAUCUGGUACAAUAUUGAUGCUCCAGAGAGAGUCACCAUGUUUGCCAUUAAGGGAGACAUUGUAGACCUGGAAAAGGCUGACGGUAAGACAGAGGUGGUGGUACAAGAGGGGGUACAGACCAUCUCCUACACACUUGAUGAGGGACUUAUUGAGUUUGGGACAGCUAUCGAUGAUGGGGAUUAUGAAAGAGCUGUGUCAUUUUUGGAGACACUGGAGAUGUCACCAGAGACUGAGGCCAUGUGGAAAACUCUGAGCAAACUGGCCAUGGAGGACAGAAGACUUCAUAUAGCAGAAAGAUGCUUUUCUGCUCUGGGUGACAUUGCUAAAGCCCGCUACAUGAAAGAGACCUUUAGACUUGCUGAGGAAAUAUCCAGGACAAAGGGUGGGGAUGGCUUCAACCAUUACAGAGUUAGGGCAAGACUGGCCAUAAUGGACAAGAGGUUUAAAGAAGCAGAGAGUAUAUUUCUUGAACAGAAUCAUGUAGAUGAAGCUAUGGAAAUGUACCAAGAGAUGCACAUGUGGGAUGAAGCCAUUGAAGUUGCUGAAGCCAAAAUGCAUCCGGAGCUAGAGAAUCUACAGAGGAGUUAUUAUCAGUGGUUGAUAAACACAGGACAGGAGGAGGCCGCUGGAGAGCUUAAAGAAAGAGAAGAAGAUUACCUGGCAGCCAUUAACCUGUAUAUGAAGGCUGGUCUGCCUGCCAGGGCUGCACGGCUAGCCACAAGUAGAGAAGAGCUUAUGUCAAAUUCAGAGUUGAUUUCAAGAAUUGCCUCAGCUUUAAUCAAAGGAGAGCUGUAUGAAAGGGCUGGUGACAUGUAUGAAAAAAUCAAGGACACAGCCAGGGCUAUGGAGUGCUUCAAAAAAGGGCAUGCCUUCCGCAGAGCUGUGGAUUUGGCUCGCUAUGCUUUCCCAGCAGAAGUUGUUAAGCUUGAAGAACAAUGGGGAGACUAUUUGUCCUCCCAGAAACAGCUGGAUGCUGCCAUCAAUCACUAUAUAGAAGCCGGGGCAACAACUAAAGCUGUAGAAGCUGCCAUUCAUUCUCGACAAUGGCUUAAGGCUGUACAGAUUCUGGAAAUACAGGACUCCUCCAUGUCUGCCAAAUACUACAAACAGAUCGCAGAUCACUAUGCCUCCAUUGGUGAAUAUGAGAAAGCAGAGCAGUACUAUGUAGAGGCUGGCUGUACUAGGGAAGCUGUGGAUAUGUAUAACAAUGCUGGAAAAUGGGAAAUGGCACACAAGUUGGCGUCUACCUACAUGAAAUCAGAUGAUGUCUCCACACUGUACAUUUCACAAGCACGUCAACUGGAAAGCCAGGCCAAGUUCAAAGAGGCUGAAAGGUUGUAUGUAGCAGUUCAAGAGCCUGACCUUGCUAUCACUAUGUAUAAGAAACAUAAGAUGUAUGGGGACAUGAUCAGACUGGUGAAGGUCCAUCACCCAGACCUUGUCCAGGACACACACUUGCAUCUGGCCAGGGAGCUGGAAUCGGAGGGAAAUCUACGACAGGCAGAGCAUCACUUCCUAGAGGCUGGGGAUUGGAAGGCCGCUGUUAACAUGUACCGGUCACAGGAUAUGUGGGAGGAGGCACAUAGGGUUGCUAAGAAUAGUGGAGGAGCCACUGCAGCCAAACAAGUUGCCUAUUUGUGGGCUAAGAGUCUGGGUGGAGAUUCUGCUGUCAAACUUCUGGCUAAAUUUGGUCUGGUAGAUGCUGCCAUUGAGUAUGCCUCCGAGAACUGUGCCUUUGACUUUGCUUUUGAGCUGGCACGUUUGGCUAACAAGAACAAACUCCCAGAGAUCCAUCUGAAGCAUGCCAUGUACCUGGAGGAUGAAGGAAGGUUCCAUGAGGCAGAGGCAGAAUUCAUCAAGGCAGGAAAACCAAAGGAGGCAGUUCUUAUGUAUGUCCAUAACCAGGACUGGGACUCAGCCCAGCGAGUUGCUGAGCAGAGUGACCCAGACUCGGUGGCUGAUGUCCUCGUAGGACAGGCUCGAUUUGCCUUUGAGGAGAAGGAGUAUGCUAAGGCUGAAUCUUAUCUGCUGCGUGCCCAGAGACCAGAGCUGGCAGUCAAAUACUAUAAGGAAUCUGGCAUGUGGCAAGAUGCUCUAAGAGUAUGCAAAGAAUAUAUUCCCCACAAAUUACAACACUUACAAGAUGAAUAUGAACGAGAAAUGGCUGACAAAGGAGGUCAGAGUGGAAUUGAGGCUAUGGUACGACAGGCCCGGGAAUGGGAAUCAUCAGGGGAAUAUGCCAGGGCAGUAGAAUGCUACCUUAAAGUAACCACAAAUCUGACAGAUGAUAGGAAUGUUUUAGAGAAGUGCUGGAUGAAGGCUGGAGAUUUAGCUGUCAAGUUCCUGGGUCAGGAGAAAGCUCAGACUGUGGCAGAAAUAGCGGGACCAAGACUAGCUGAGAUCAGGAAGUUUGAACCAGCUGCAGAGCUAUACCUGAAUGUGGACUUGAUUAAAGAUGCCAUUGACAUGUUUAUUGCUGCAGAAGAAUGGAAUAAAGCUAAGAGGGUGGCCAAGGAGUUGGAACCAAGAUUGGAAGCUUAUGUUGAUGAACGCUAUAAAGACAGUCUCAAAAACCAAGGAAAGGCUGAACAGCUUGCUAGUGUGGAUGUGGUGGGUGCUUUGGAUAUGUAUAUUGAGAAAGGAGAAUGGGAGAAAUGUCUGGAAACUGCAGCACAACAGAAUACAAAAGUUCUGCAUAAGUAUGCUGCACUGUAUGCCACACAUCUGAUUAAAAAUAAUGACAGUCGUAAAGCUCUGGAAGUUUAUGCCAAGUAUGGGGCACCUGCUAAUGCUCAGAAUUUUAACAUUUACAAGAGGAUAUUUAGUGACCUUGUAAGCAUGAGAGGAUUAAACAAACCCGAUGCCUACCACACUUGGGGAGAACUGAGAGAUGUUUUGUAUGACUUGUGUGAUAACAUAAGUAAGGGGUCAGAUGCUAAUUCCCCACAACAUGCCGAGUUUGAAUCCCUGUUGCUGAUUGCUCAUUACUAUGCCAACCGUUCAGCAUUCCAGCCACACAAAUCUCUGGAAGAGUUGGCAACAAAGCUGGCAAUCAGUUUACUGAGGCACACUGAUAUAAUCCCAGCUGACAAAGCUUUCUAUGAGGCCGGAAUGAUGUGCAGGAGUGUGGGUUGGGAGAAUGCAGCCUUUGUUUUCUUGAAUAGAUACUUGGACAUUUCAGAGGCUAUAGAGGAAGGUUCUCUAGACAUGUUAGAUCACAGUGACUUCCAGGACACUGACAUUCCAUUUGAAAUCCCACUUCCAGAAAAGCCGUAUUUAACUAGCCAGCAACAUGAGGAGGUAAAAGAGUGGGUGUUAGCUGUCUCCAUGGACCAGAAGGUGGAACAAGUCUUACCCAGAGAUGAACGUAACUGCUACGAGGCAUCCUUGAUUGCUCCAGACACAGGAAUUCGCUCCCCACCAUGUGUUGUCACAGGGUAUCCAGUAUUGAAAACUCCAAUGGAAUUCAAACGACCAGGCAAGGUAGCCAACAAGGAUGAUUGGAACAAAAUUAUAAUGGCUGCAAAGGUUUCUCACAGUCCGGAGUUGAAUGACAUUUUGAAGUUUAUUGGAGUCUGGUGUGGCUCCACUCCCAAUCCAAGCUAUUCAUUCCAGUAAACUACUGGAUCCACUCCCAAACCAAACCACUUGUAGUGCUGUUUUAGAUCUGAUAUUUGUUAUUGUUGAGACAAUUGUUCAUUUGACUGUGAUGUUUACUGUAUCCGUCCUUAAGAAAUAACUUUCUCUAUUCAGAAUUCAGUGUUAUUUAUUGUAAUAAGUGUAGAGGCUGAAUAAAAAUUUGAAAUAUAGAAGA